AUGGCGCUACCUCCGCAACAGUUCUGCGUUAGAUGGAACUCAUACCACACAAACUUACAGGCGGUUUUCCCCCGUCUACUACUAACCGAGCAAUUCGCGGACGUGACCCUGGCGUGUGAGUCCAGACAGCUGCGCUGCCACAAGCUCGUGCUGUCCGCUUGCUCUGCGUACCUCGAGCGGCUGCUCUUGCAGAACCCUUGCAAGCACCCCAUCGUGCUCAUGAGAGAUAUGAGGUUCAGCGAAAUGCAAGCGCUGGUUGACUUCAUGUACAAGGGCGAGGUGAACGUAACGCAGGAGGAGCUACCCAGCCUGUUGAAGUCCGCCGAAGCGCUACAAAUCAGAGGUCUGUGCUCGAGCGACACGGCGGGGCUGAGCUCGGAACUGGCCGCUGAGGGAAAGGACUUCACCGUCGCCAGCGAAGCCCUUGUGGCGAACGCCCAGAGAGAAGCCACCACCAACGGCCCAAUGCCCCAACAACAAAAACCAAUCACCAACAACAACAACACGAGCACAACAACAAGCACAACGUCAGUCAAUGGACCAAAGAAGAGAAAGUCGGAGGAGCGAGAACGGAACCCGGAAGUCAAGGAAGUCAAAGAGGAGACUGUGGAAGAAGACGGCCUGUAUUAUGGAGAACUGGACAACGACCAUAUUGAAUAUAACGAGGAGGAAGAAUCUGGAAAACCUGGGAGUAGUCUAGGGCAAACAUCAGGUCGAAGCCAUCCAUACAUCAGAGUGAAACCUGAGAGUGAAUUACUGUUCCAAACUAAAUUACAAAAUUUGGCUAAAGCAAACUCAGAAUAUAUAAAUAGACUAUCGAAAAUGAACGCAACUGAAAUACAAAACGAAUUCUCUAAAUAUGGCUUAAACACAAACAAUAUGUCAUCAGAAGAAGUCUAUGAACACAAGAAUUCAGAAAACGACUAUUACAAAUCGUGGCUCGAGCAAAAUGGCGAACUUGAAGUAUCUUUAUUGAAAGCUAAUCAAGUUAAAAAACCGAAAACCGAAAUUAAAGUUCAAAAGUCAGAAGUCGAGCUAAUACCAAAACCAAAAAUAGAUAGUGUUACCAGCAAAGAGAUUUACCCGAAAGUUUUAGAAAAACCACAGAUUCGCAGGCGUGGACGACCGCCCAUUUUUAAAGACAAAAACAUGGAUAUUGGUGACACAGUGUUAAAAUCUGACUUAGAUCAGUUCUUGGAGGGUAAAGAAGUCAGUUCAUCAGGUCUCUCGCGUAAGGAUUUGGAACGGGUUAUGAUGGGAAAAUUUAAUCCUAACAGACGAUAUUCCAAUGAAGCUAUGUGGGCAGCUUUAAUGGAUGUUAAGAAAGGUGGAAGUAUUUAUAGAGCUGCUCAAACUCACAAAGUACCUCGCAAAUCCCUUCGGAACUGGAUGAAGAGAUGUCACAUAAAAUCUUCGUUCCCUAUGCCGCAGCAAUUGAAGCAGUUUGUCGAGAACAGCAAGAAACAGCGCGAAUAUAAAAACUACGACGGAUAUCCGAACUCCGUCGCAGAUAGUCAAAGUUUUGGGGAAAAGAGCGGCACAGAGGAUAUACCGUCAUAUGACACUGAAUUAGACUUCGGCAAACAUUUCCUUUCUUUCGCUGGUACUCAAGUAUCAAGCGAAGAUGAAAUAAGAGUUGAAGAUAAAAAUGAUACGCCUACGGUAGAAAAUAGUUGCGAAGAUGGCAGCACUGCUUUAAAUAUGUCUUUACAUGAAUAA